AUGACUCAGACUCUUCUCGAAUGUCUCCAGUUGGAGGGCUGCAAGCUUAAUCACCUACCGGAGACCAUCAGAGGGGCCGUAAAACUGCGUAGACUCUACCUUGCAGAUAAUUAUUUUCGGGAUAUUCCUCGAAUUCUUUGUGAAAUUGGUGGAAAUCUGACUCACUUGGAUCUUUCACGGAAUCCCCUCGACACGAACUGUCUGAAUUUGAGUAGAGAGGUGGGCGCUCAUUCAUUCAUGCCAAUCAACUCUACCGAGAGUAACCCGGCCCAGACAACGGGACCACGAGCCAAAGCGGGAAGACGCAAAGAGCGGACUCAGUAUCAGCUGCUCUCGGACUUUGGAAUUCGGCUAGGCAAUCUGACGGUACUCAAGCUAAGCGCCUGCCAGCUGACGAGCCUGGCUCCAGGCGCUUUUCGUGGAUUGAUCAAGAUCAAACAACUCGAUCUGAGCAAAAACAUGGCAAGUUUAAUUCGCAAUCCUCUCCCUUCGGGUCCUAUCAGUGUCCCCUCUUACUACGUAGGAUGUUUCUCUUUACGGCCUGUUUCAGUGGUUUCACGCCAUCGCUGCCACCGUAUCCGUGCUAUUCAAGGCACCAUGUUCUACACCCUGCCCCAAGACUUUGCUAGCACGGAUACACCAGCCUUACUAAACAAGUCCCUAAAGCCUGAAUUCUUAUUUGGCAUGGCAACCUAA